UAAAAAGAAAACUUAUACGAGUAUUCAAGAAUCAAGAUUGUCAUCGUUCAGCCCUUCCCCAGUUUCGCUGCCCCAAUUUCCGCUUAUAUACUGUGCCGCCUGUGCGCACACGGUAUACUCCGUUUCCGUAUCAGCCCCAACUCUUGAAGUGAAGGAGGAUCGGACAUCGCGACACCGCCUGUCGCGGCAUAUACUGCUACUGCCGCAGCGCGGGACUCCAAGUUAGAGUCAUUCAAAGCUUUGCUGCACGGUUGUAUGCAUCUCAGGAACUGAUAACAUAUCCCUGAGCUGAUAUGGGUUUUGAUAUUGAGUGCAUAAUUGACAUCCACAAUUAUCCUGGGGAAUAUUUCUGUCCAGUUUGCCGCACUCUCGUAUACCCAAAUGAAGCACUUCAGUCUCAAUGCACUCAUCUCUAUUGCAAAGCUUGUUUGGCACAUGUUUCCAAUGGGGACAAGGCAUGUCCAUAUGAUGGGUAUUUAGUGCUUGAAGCACAUUCCAAGCCUCUUAUUGAAACGAACAAAAUUCUUGCCGAGACCAUUGGCAAAGUCAAAGUGCGCUGUCUGUUUCAUAAAAGUGGAUGUACAUGGGAAGGGAUUUUAUCUGAAUGUACCUCACAUUGUCCUGGAUGUGCUUAUGGGAAUUCCCCAGUUAUAUGCAACAGGUGUGGAGUGCAAAUUGUGCAUCGGCAAGUGCAUGAACAUGCUCAGACUUGUGCAGGUGUGUAUCCAUCACAGCAGGCUGUAGAAGUUAAUCCUAACUCUCAAUCUGGAGCACCAGCUACUGCUGCUGCUGCUGCUGCAGGUACUGACCAGAAUAAACAAGUUGCUCAACCUAACUCACAAGCUUCACAGGUUCAGAAUCCGCAGAUUAGCGCUGCUCCUUCACUUCCUGGUCAAGAUCUCAACCAGCAAACUAAUGUCAAUUCUCAAGCCCCAACUGCUGUGGCUACUCCUGAACAGUGGUACCAACAACAGUAUCAGCAAUACUAUCAGCAGUAUGCUGGAUACGACCCUUAUCAGCAGUCUUAUCAACAGUACUAUCCCUACCAACAACAGGGUGUGCAGCAAUAUCAACAACACCCACCACAUGUACAAGGACAAACACAGCCUCAAGUCUACGGCCAACCUCAGCUCCAGGCUCAACCACAAUCUUAUCCCCAGGUGCAACCUCAAUCAUCGACUCAAUCUCAGCCUCAAGCCCAAGUUCCACCACAAGCGCAGGUCCAACCACAUAUUCAACCCUUGGCCACACAACACCAGAACCAAAGUCAAGUCAACCAACAACAAUUAUUUCAGCCUCCUGUACAAUCUCAUGCACAAGUUCCUCCACAAUCAUAUCCACCCCCUCAUGGUCAGACCCCACAGCUUUAUCCAGUGCAGCCACAUCCACAAGGAUUGCAACAUAUGCAAGCCCAUCCUUACCAGCAGCCUUCUGCAAAUUUGCAUAAUGCACAGCCACCUAUGGCAUUACCACAGCAAAGUCCUCAAGUCCAACCGCAAGUAAGCAUGCACCCCCCUCAGUCUAGCCAGCCUGCUGCUGCUCCCAUAGUCCAGCCUCAGAACCCACUUCAACCUCAUGCACUCACAGGACACCAGUCCUACCCACAAUCUCAACUUCAAAUGCCUGUGAGGUCUGGCGCAAGUGGGCCUUUCCCUUCUGCCCACACCCAAAGUCAGGUUCUGCAGCAGCAGCAACCUAUGAUGCGCCCUCCGCAUGCUCCCAUUGCCAAUCAACAACAGGUUACGCUGACUUCUCAAGGUCAAUUCGUUUCUCAGCAAUCCUUGCUCCCCCCAAAUGCUCAAUACAAUGGCCUUCCAGUUCAGUCACGUCCUCCUCAAGCAACUCAACUACCGGUGUCUCAGCAGUAUCCCCAGCAGCCAUUUGUGGGUGCAUUCCCUAGCCAGUCACAACAGCAAGGUCCCUCUGUGCAGCAACAGCCGUCUUACAUACAUCCACCUGGUCCUCCUCAUAUGGCACCUCAAACAGCUCAAAGUUUUCAUGCCCCUGUCCAAUCACAGCCAAGUGUUGUGUUAGGUCCUGGCAUGCACCCUCAACCAUCUCAAAAUUAUUUUGGAAAAGCAAUGCCUCCUGCAUCCAGUGGAUCUGGUGCUGCACAUCCAGUUCUAGCAGUGCAACAUGGCUCAAACCAACCACCUAAUGGUCAUUAUUUAAACUCUGUGAACAACCAACUGCAAGCUUCUAUAGAUAAAAAAAAAUCUGUAGCACACGAGGGCCAAGUUGACCCCACAUGCACAAAACUUGAACACAAAGCAAAAGCUACAAUAACUUCUCAAAACAGUGCUGGCAAGGAGGGCAGUGUGCUUGGAACUGAAUCUUUUGAAACGAAUGCUGUAAAACUGGAAACAGGCAUGAGCAGUGAACAAGAUACCACAAUGGAGUUUGCGAGAAGCAACCACACUGAUAAAGGCAAUUCUAAUGACCCUGCAAUGAAGCAAGCUGUUAAGGAGGAGCAUAGUGGGAAUGCUGCAGAGUUGUCAUCUGGUGCCAAAUCAGCUCAUACUGACGGUUUGAUAGACAGAGCCUCUGGUAGAUUGCCUGGUAAUUUUUAUCCCCAUACAGGCUUUGAAGUUUCAUCUAACACUUCUCAGGGAUUUCCUUCAAGUGCUUUGCCUUUUGGUUCAGCUGGUAUGGGAAGAGCACCACUAUCUGGACCUGAAGGCCACUUUGCCUCCCAUCAUACUCCUUUGAAUGUCAAUGAAAGUCACUUUGGGCAGCAGCACCCAACUAAUCGAAUGGAAGCUGAAAUGUUCCAUAACAGAAGGAUGAAUGGAAUUGAUAGAGGUCUGCCAUAUCACACUGAACAUUCUCAUGAUGAAAGGUUGAAAGUCUCAGGUGUGGAUCAUUUGGGAACUUUUCCAGGAGAACCUCGUUGGCCUCUUGAUCAAGCUGGACCUGGUCCAUUUGACAAGGGGCCUCAUGGAUUUAACUAUGAUGGUAAUGCUCUUGCUCCAUCAAGAUUUUUGCCACCAUAUCAUCCUCCUGGUGCCCCAUUCAAUAUUGGUGGUGCAGAGAGAGAAUUGCGGCUCAGUCUGCUUAAUGACGAGAGACGAAAUGCUGAUUUUGUCCACAGGCAUACUGAUUUUGUUGGACCAGGACAUGGAUUUGGUCCUGAACACAUGGAUCGCUUUGCUCCUAGGAGUCCUCCCAGAGAAUACUUUGGCAACCCACCCCGUGGAUUUCUUCCUCAUGGUCCUGCCGGUUUUGAUGAUCUUGAUGGCAGAGAAGCACACAUGUUUCCUGGAGGGUCUAGACCUUUCAGACAUCCUCCUAAUCCAGUUAGGAACUCAUUUCAUGAUGACGGGUUCCUUCCUUUGCAUCGCCACCCACGAGGAGACAUGGUGGGCGAGCAUAUGGUACCUAGACAUUUGAGAGGGAUCGAUCCUUUGGGACGUCGAACUUUGCACGUUGGAGAACCUGCUGGUUUUGGUCCGUUUUCAGGGCCUGGUAGUUUGCCGCAUCUACCUUUUGGUGAAUCAUUUGGAGGGAACAAGCCAGCUUUUCCGCGUCCUGGGGAGCCUGGUUUUAGGAGCAGAUAUUCUCUACAAGGAGUUUCCAAUGAAGAAACUUUUAUGGGUGAUGCUGACUCCUUCGAUAGAACAAGGAAUAGGAUCUCACUGAGUAUGGGCUGGUGUCGCAUUUGCAAGGUUGAUUGUGAAACCAUGGAGGGCUUGGAUAUGCAUUCACAAACAAGAGAGCACCAAAAUAUGGCUAUGGAUAUGGUUAGAAGUAUCAAGGAACAAAACAAAAAGAGACAAAAGAGUAACACAGCAGUUGAAGAGGAAGGGAAGAUUAGAAAUGCUGCUUUUGAGGGUGGUGCUAACAAACCUUGAGUCCUGCAGAAUAUUGCAAGGAUUAGAAGGUGGAUGCCUUCUUCGGGAUAUGGUUUUCGGAAGUUGGAAGCCAAAUUCUGUUGCAAAAAGAGAGAGGAUGCUUUCCCCAGAGAAAAUUGACAUUUUUGUUGGAUGGCCAGGAUAUGUUUGAUGCACACUUUUAUUCAACUGGUGCAGGAUGAGAUUUUUAAAUUGUCUUGGAGGAUUGUAACACUCCAAGUGUCCUAGGAAAUUCAGGUUAGUGAAAACAUCCAUAAGCAUUUGAAGUUUGAAAUAUAUCUAUUUCCUUUGCAAGUUCUUUGUAGGAUGUGAGAAGACAAUAUUUGUGAAUUUGUGAUGCACCAUUUGGUUCUCAGCUUUCCUUUGCGAGGUGUCAUCACCAGGGCAAUCUCGUCUUUGUCUAUUUAAUUUUCUGUCUGGGCAUUUUGUUUUGCUAAAAUUGUAAGCUGGGCUAAAGUCAUUGUUUUCUGGCCUGUAGACUAAACUUUAUCUUAAUAAAAUUCCGAGUAAUUCUCACGC